AUGGGUCAACUUACAGAGAGCCAGCUCCAUGCCAUCAGCAUCAUGGAGCGAUUGUGCUCCGCCAUCUCGCUGCUGGGCUGCAUCUUCACCAUAGCGACAUUUACAUGCUUCAGUGCGUUCCGAGACAAGCCCGUCAACAGGCUCGUGUUUUACGCAACAUUCGGCAACAUGGCGAGCAACGUCGCGACCCUGAUGUCGCGGUCCUUCCUGGACAACCCCGACUCGUUUGGAUGCCAGUUCCAAGCCAUGCUGAUCCAAUGGUUCAUGGCCGCCGACGUGGGCUGGAUCCUCGCCAUGGCCGUCAACGUCUACCUCACCGUGUACCAAAAGUUCGACAUCAAGCGCCUGCAUAAAAUGGAACUCAUCUACCUCCCGGUUUGCUACGGCAUCCCCUUCAUCCCCGCCUUUACAUAUCUCUUUGUCCGGCGCAACGGCCAGCGCAUCUAUGGAGACGCCGUGUUAUGGUGCUGGGUCGCCAGUCACGUCGAGGGCCUGCGCAUCGCGACCGUGUACGGCCCCGUGUGGGCCAUGAUCCUCGUCACCUUUGCCAUCUACAUUGCCGCGGCGCGCACCAUUUUCAAGAUCCGCAAACAGAUCCACAACCUCGACUCGGAUUACGACCUCACGUCGUCCACCAGCCCCGAGGUCGCGGUUGGGAAUGGCCCCGGGGCGCCAGUGACCGCCGAUGGCGAUGUCGCCUUGCCCGGCCGGACGCCAGGGCGUGACGAUCAGACGACGGCCAUGCGGUGCAAACCGCGUCGGCAUGGCCCUGCUCCGCAAGCCUUCGCUCGGCGCCGUAGCUACGAACACAAGAAUGCCGCUUGGUCCUAUACCAAGUGCGCUCUGCUGUAUUUUACAGCCAUUCUCAUCACUUGGAUCCCUGCCAGUGCGAAUCGCGUCUAUUCCAUGGCGCAUAAUGGUCAGGCUUAUGUCCCCGUCGUAUUCGUGAGUGCUUUCGUGCUGCCCUUGCAGGGAUUCUGGAAUUGCAUCAUUUACGUCGUCAUGUCGUGGGCGGCGUGUAAGUCGUUGCUGCAGGACAUCAAGGCCAGACUCCCCCAUCUUCAUAAGAAGCCAACGAGUCGGGGCGAAGUAGACAGGGCGGCCGAUAACUGUUGA